AUGGUUGUUAUUCUGCUAGGAAAUAAUACCUUUGUCUACAACGAAUACAACUUACACCAAUGGCUGGCACACAUUCCCUUCGAAUGUAAGACGAUUGUGCUUUUCGAGCGAGACAGCGAUGCAAAGCAACCUAUGGAAAUGGGACACUAUCUCGCGUCGGUGGUUUUGUGGAAUGUGAUACUGAUCGCCACCAACAUAGAUGCGGUAUAUGCCUUUCACUAUGGACCUUUGCGUAUUUUAAACUACACGGGAUAUCCGGAUUCUGAUGUGCUGUACUUCGAUCGGUUGAAAACGUUGCAGACCCAACAAUUAUAUGCAGCGUACAGGAAGGACGCCUAUACUGAAACAGGGUGCGAAAAUAUACCUGGAGAAGAUUUAACACUGUUCCAAACAUUUGCAGACACCCUCAACCUGAAGCUUCAUGUAGAAGCAGUUCAAUGUAUCAAAAACGAAGCGCCGAUCGUGUGUUUCUCAAGGUACAAAGAUAAGGAUUUUUUAAUCAACCGUUUCUUUUUCAAUGACUAUCUUAAAUUCACCGUUGCCUGUAUGCAGAUGGAGCAAAUUGCUAUUGCUACUCCCAAAGGGCGGCUACUAACGAUAUGGGAGAUUCUGUUGCAGCCUUUACAACAGCCCGUCUGGUGGCUGCUGAUAGCAAUCUGCAUAGGUUUCAACCUUCUGGAGAUCGUUAUGCCAGGAUGGUUCAGCAACAGCCUUGUCAGUCUGGCGCUGUUUGGGUUUGAAAAACGACAGUUGCGAUUCACAGGAAGUACCGAAAAAAUGAUAGCCACUGCAUUGAUCGUGUUGUUUUUCCUAUUGAAAUGUGCAUAUGAAGCGAAGCUCAUUUCAUACAUCACCGAAACUCCUCGAGAUUCGGGAGCACAAUCUAUUGAAGCGUUGCAUAAUCGCAACAUUACCGUGUAUCAAAAACAUUUCAAUACUACGCACUUUAACAAACUGGAGGGAUUGCUAGCGACCUACGAUGGUGAUAUUAUAUCGUUUGAUGGAACAACUAUUUCUGACAAUAGAAUGACCUUAAGCAUAGAAAUGAUUGUAAACGAAAUUGGAAAUAUUCCUUAUAGCAUACUGGAAGAAAACGUGUAUGAAAUGUUACCUUUUUAUUUGUUUCACCCAAAACUAUUCGUCCGACAGUCAUUUCUAAAAUAUCAGCACGCGGUGUUUGAGGCUGGAUUGCCCCUGCAUUGGCGAAAUCAAAUUGUUAGCUGUUAUGUUUCUCGUGUAAAGGUAUUAAAAUUAAAAACUCAUGCUUCACAAACAGGAAAUGUUGUACAAGGAACCAAUUUGAAGCCCAUGGUAUUUUUUUUCGCCGUGCAAUGGACAAUCGCGAUAGUAGUUUUUGCGGUUGAGGUGAUCGUGGGAAGACGGCUCAAAGGAAAACGUUAA